AUGAGGUUUACUACUGGGAGGCCAAGAUAUACGAUAAACCCGAAAACACGUUGGUCAGUAUCGGCAUGGCCACCAAGCCGUACCCGUUGUUCAGGCUACCCGGUAUGUCCAUUCCUGUCUCUCGCAGAACCACACGGCGCUAACCCUCUAGGCUUUCACAAACAUUCCGUAGCCUACUUGUCAGCGGGCCAGCGUCGCUGCAACCAGCCCUUCGCUGGGACACCCUACGGCCCUCAGUACGUCCAGGGCGACGUCAUCGGUGUGGGCUAUCGUCCACGAACCGGUACCAUUUUUUUCACACGCAACGGCAAGAAGCUGGAGGACGUCGUCCACGGAGUCAAGUCGCAGAACUUUUUCCCUGCCGUCGGUGCCAACGGACCGUGCAUCGUCCAUGUCAACUUUGGCCAGGCCGGCUUCGUCUUCAUCGAGGCCAACGUAAAAAAAUGGGGACUCGCCCCGAUGACGGGCAGUCUCGCCCCGCCUCCGCCCUACGGCUCUGAGCAGGGCGACAUCCUGCUGGAGGCCGGACGCAAAGACGGAUACACAGCUGCCAGCCAGCAGCGUUCACCCUCGCAGACCCAGUCGUACUCGCAGGCUAGUCUGGGUCCUCAGCAUGGGCGGACAAGAAGCGGAAAUUUCAGAGUACUGCCACCGAGGAGCCCUGGUCCCGUAAGAAGCCCAACUGACAUCUCCCUGACUCAUUUCGUCUCCGACGACGAAGGCGGCGAGCCAAGCAGCAGCACCAACCGUGGACACCAAGGGCAGAGCGUCGUUGGGCUCGGGCUUCAAGAUGCUUUGAACCCUCCACCCGAGUAUACGAGCCCCGAUCACUCGGAUGCCGGUAGUCGCCGAAACAGCACGGACAGCGAGAACACGCCGUUGAUUCGCGUUCUCAAUCGUAGUCGUGGGACAUCUGCGGCCGGCGGCGGCGUACCUUCGCACCCUCCUAUACCCAGCUACACCGACGCGGUGCGAGCCGGCGCGGGGCGGGAGGAGAACAGCACUUCACGACCCAACCGGCACGGCAACCGGUCAAGGUCACAGAGCGCACAAUGA